AUGGAAAUGUCUAGAGGAGAUAAAACUAUGCAAACAAGCGUUGUGAAGUCUUUCAAGCUAUUCAUUUUACAUUAUAUGGAUCUAAAAUAUGCGUUGCUAAGUCGAGAUCUAGAGUUAGAAGAGCAGCGCAAAAUCACAAUUGUAUCACUGCCUUACCUCGCUAUAACCGGUCUAAUUUUAACGGUAUUUCUGAUGAUUACUUUGAUUGAUAUUCCUUUAUAUCGAAGUCAAAUUAUUGAGUCCGUAAUGGCCGUCCUUUCACCGUCGAUGGCCCUUAUAACGACGGCCGGGUGCCUGUGGGGAAUCGGGGUCCCUUUUUCGAAUAUUUUAACUGCGGUACCAUUCUUAGUGAUUACAAUUGGAGUGGAUGAUGCAUUUUUAAUAUUGGCUGCAUGGAGACAUUCAAACACUUCACUCGAAAUUUCCAAUCGAACGGGCGAGAGUCUCGCUAAAUCAGGAGCAUCCAUCACUGUAACUUCUUUGACUGAUAUUCUUUGCUUUGCCGUUGGGAUUAUAUCGGCCAUUCCGGUCGUCAGACUGUUUUGUUUAUAUACAGCGAUUGCGUUGACUGUCGACUUCAUUUAUCAGAUAACAUUCUUCGCAUCUUGCGUUGUAUUCUGUGCAAAACGUCAAGCAAGAAUCGAAGAGGAGAUCAGAAUGAAGACUAAUAACAAUAUGGCCUCCGCAUACCUGAGCACACUCGUCGACGCGAAUUUUACAAUGGAAAAUUUAUACCUUGAAGAAUCUGAACUGAAUUCAAUUACUAAACAAAUGCAGACGUUCGUUUUAAAGGAGUCUUUCAAUGUGAAUUUUGCUGUUAAUCCAUGCCCGAAUUUUUCUCACAACUUUAUAAGGAUAAAAUUCAACGAAAUGGUUCAGAGAUUGGAAAAUAUCACUCCAUUUGGAAGGGGUAAAGUAGGUACUAACCUAUGGACAAGAGAUUUCCAAACGAUUAUAUCGUUCUGGGAUGGAGAUGAGAGCGAUUUGUGGAAGGAAGAGGUGCUGUUGAAAAAUUAUAGGGAGCUGAGUUUGGACGAAAAAUACAUAAAUAUUGGGUAUUAUUUAUUAUUGUUAUGA